ACAGGCUGGGCCGCUGCUGUGUCGCAGCAGUGGAAGGACCAGGACUACAGCUGCCCUGCUGCUGUUGGGAAGGACACAUCGGAGCCUGUAGCCCAUGUUGUUAUUACCAGUGCUAUACCGUAUUUGAGGAAGAAGGAAAUGAGGCGUAUAGGGCUUUAAGGGUGCAAGAGAGAGGAAAGAGAAAACCGGAUUCAAACAGGUGUCCGGCUGUCUCCCAUCAGCCCGAGACCGGAGGAGGAAGAGAGAGAGAGGGUGUGAGAGAGACAGGGCAAAGGGAUAUAGCCUAGAAGAAAUAGCGCUGCCGAUGAGCAAAUCAAUCCGCUAAUUUGAGGACGUGUCGUUAAUUUCAGUUAACCGAGCCCUUUUUCGGUUCAACGGUGAUGGAGACCCAACACCACAAACACGGCUUUUUUUUUUAAGCCAAUAGGCCUAUCUUGUUUUAAAAGAGAGAUAAUUUCAUCUCUUUUCUUUCUUUCUCUCUCAAGAGGAGGUGGUAGAAGAGGGAAGGCGGUGACUGACAACCCCCACGGGACAGGCCGUCCGACCCACGCUUCUAACAGGUGUGUCUGAAGAGGGCAUAUCGCUCCAAUUUGCACCGCCCGUCCGGUCGGUCCGUGCCCCCUCCCUCCCUGUCUCAUUGUUCCCGGUGAAAUGACAUCCAAACAGGGGCUGGUUAGGAGUUAAUUCGUCUUCGUUAAGGUGUCCCCAGUGAGCGCUCAUUCUUCUUUUCUUUCGCUCUCUUCGUAAAUGUCCAUUGGUGCGUUCAGCAGCAGAGAGGAGGAAGGAGGAGGUGGAUAAAUCCGAACGGCGUUCAUUUAAAAAACCUAUGGGACUUUGGAACGUGGUUCGUGUUUUUUUGAGGAAUGGAGACAAUUUAAAACGAGUGAACUGGUCGUUUAAGAGCAAAAGGGAAGAUUAGGAGAUUUUCCAGAUUUAUAUCACCAGAUAGGAAGGUCUUGACUGAGUUCGACCCCCUGGUAAAAAAGGCAAAACCCGCUGUUCGGUGCUGUCGUUCCGGCGACGUUCGCUAGCCAAACCGAACCCAAUUCUGACCUAUUUUACAAAGUGGGGAAACACUCUCGUCUCAACACAAAGUCCUCCUCGUUUUAUCAUGACGACGAGGAAAGGCAGCAGUGUGGCGGACACGGUGACUACCACUAAACACCAGCACCAGACCCAGACCCAGCCGAGGAGCCGGAGUCCCAGCAGCGGGGUCCCGGCGUCAGAGGAAACGGGCGGAGGGGCGGAGAUGUUCGGGGAAUUUCAGGAGUGGUGCCUCCGGACGUACGGGGACUCCGGCAAGACCAAGACCGUGACCCGGCGUAAAUACAACAAAAUUCUCCAGACCCUGAUCCAGGGGGACGAAGAGAAUAGCAACGGGGUGUUCCUGCACGAGAAGAAUAACAACCACAUCAACGCCAAAUUUAAAUUCUGGGUCAAGUCCAAGGGCUUCCAGGUCGGGACGCUGCCGGACGGCAAGCACGGGUCAUCGGACAGACCGGUGCUGUACGUCCCCAUCAAGGCGACGACUGUGGACGGAGUACCAGGGGUGGACUCAUCCCUGAAGCGUGUGGCGGUGGUGGAGGAUUUCUUCGACAUCAUCUAUGCCAUGCAUGUGGAGAUCAGCUGCGACCCGGGCAAAGCCCCGAAGCACGCCGGCCAGAAGAAGACCUACAAAGCUAUAGCCGAGACGUACGCCUUCCUGCCCAGAGAGGCGGUGACUCGUUUCUUGAUGAGCUGCGGAGAGUGUCAGAAGAGGAUGCACAUCGGCACCACAGGACAGGAGUACAAAGAGAACGACAGGCCGGGCUCUCUGGUGUUGGAGGUGAUAGACUACAACAUGCCUCUCACCACCACCUACAUGAAGCACAUGAAGCUGCAGUGCAUGGGCAACAACAAGGAUGACAGUUCACUGAGCAGCGAGGAGGAGGCAGAGAUGAGCGAGCCCACAUGGCUAGCAGCUGAUCUGGGAGCAGCGUCUGACCUGAGCCCGCCGAGCCGAGGAGAGAGGAUGCGCCACAGUCCCCAGAACGCACACAGCAAGGAGGACGACGAGGAUUCAUCAUCAGAGAGCGGCAGUGGGAACGGCCUGCCAGCCCUGACCCCUCCCUCCUCCGCUGUGACGGACGCUGCCAUAGUCAGGGAAACCAAGGUCAACGGCAACGGUGGUCCCGCCCCGCUGGACUUCAGCACGCCUACUUCCUCCUCCUCAUCAUCCGAAGACCAGCAGCCGAUGAACCUGAGCGAGCCCCCUCCUCAGCGCCGGCCCCUGGCCGCCGCACACCUACCCGUCACUGUGUCGGCGGCGGCCGCGGCUCUGCUUGGCGCUCUGCAUCCCAGCGCGCCUGAGGAGCUCCGCAGGAAGUACCCGCUGGCUGCCAAACCUCCCCUGGCUCCACACCCGGCACUGCCUCUGCCGCACACACACACACCCCACACACACAGUGCGCAUACUCCCAUCACACACACCCAGUCCCACACAGACACCGCCGAGCUGCGUCUGGACCGAGACGGCAGGGACUACGGGGGCAAGUCCCCCCAGUACAGUUCGGGUGGCAGCUACGACAGCGUGAAAAUGGACUUGGGUGCCGAGGACCUGACCACGGGGCGUCAGGUCGCCCCCGACGACGACGACGACGACCAUGACGACCACGACGACAACGACAAGAUCAACGAUGCAGAGGGAGUUGACCCCGAGAGACUAAAGGCCUUCAAUAUGUUUGUGCGUCUGUUUGUGGACGAGAACUUGGAUCGGAUGGUUCCCAUCUCCAAGCAGCCUAAGGAGAAGAUCCAGGCCAUCAUCGAGUCCUGCAGCAGACAGUUCCCAGAAUUCCAGGAACGCGCCCGCAAGCGCAUCCGCACCUACCUCAAAUCCUGCAGACGCAUGAAGAAGAGCGGCAUGGAGACCCGUCCUACUCCGCCUCACCUCACCUCAGCCAUGGCUGAGAACAUCCUGGCUGCCGCCUGCGAGAGCGAAUCACGCAACGCUGCAAAGAGGAUGCGCCUCGACGCAUAUCACGAUGAGCAGAUCUCUCUGGACAAGCCGUCCAGCGGUGGAGGGGGUCUGAGGGAGCCGGCGUCCCUCGCUCACUCCGCCUACUCCCUCGCCGCAUCAGCCUUCUCCUCCCAGGACACCCAGCUCUACAUCAACGGAGCCGGCCUUAGCUACGGUUACCGUGGAUACCCGGGCCUGGGUGCGGCCAUGCAACACCCCGUUUCCCUGACGACCGGCGCUGCUGCUCAGAGCAACGGCCCCACAGACCUCAGCAUGAAAUCGCUCUCCUCUGCCAACAUCGGUAACUCCUCUGCCUCGGCCAAUAACAGCCUGGGUGGGCGGGGCAGUGGGGCUGGCGGAGGGGGCGGGGCCUCGACCCAGCUCAGCCAACCAGAGAUCACAGCCGUGCGUCAGCUGAUCGCGGGCUACCGGGAGUCGGCCGCCUUCCUGCUUCGCUCGGCAGACGAGUUGGAGAACCUCAUCUUGCAGCAGAACUGAUCUGAUCAGAGAACACACGCACACGCACACGCACACGCACGCACACACACACACACACACACACACACACACACACACACACACACACACACACACACACACAUACACUUCCCAUCAUUGUUUUGUGUCUGGCUGCGUCCCCUGUCUCUCCUCAUUGACGCUGAACACCAGACCUCUUUUUUGCCAUCCCCUGCCUUCUCUUUGAUAACAGAGGGACAGAGUGAGGAAGAUGAAUCCAAACCCCACAAUCCCUAAAACAACCCCCCACAAACUCCAUCCAUCCAUUCUGAAAAGAGAAAAAAUAAGAAAAAAGGAGCAUUUGGACUCUCUUCCUCUCCUCACAAACAACAAUACACUCUGAGCCACGGAGUGUGGAGGGAAGGAAGAAAGAAGCAGAGGAGCCUGGGAGAAGAGUAAAAGAGAUGUUUCUGCUGCUGUGGUUUCAGGAAAAAAAGAAAAAAACAAGGGGAGUUUUGAUUGAUGGGUGCCCCGGCCAUCGCCGUCUUAUGAUCAUUGAUCAACAAUUUAAAAGUAAAUAAUGACUCCCUGAAUUGAUACUACUGAACCGUUUUUUAAAUGAUGAGUGUUUUUUGAUUUGAUUGAAUAUUUAAUUUGUUCUGUUUUUGGGGAGUCCAGUGAGCAUUUGUUGAGUUUUUUUUUUUUUUUUUUUUACUCUUCCCAAAUGACUGAAAGAAAGAAGCGGUUUGACUUAUCUAAACAGAUAGCACUAAUAUACGGAAAGAGACUUUGGAUGGAAACUGGAAAAGAAAAAGAGUUGUGAGAGACCUUUUUUGUGCUCGCUUGUAUAUAAGCUCUCUGUGUCCUUUAGCACUUUUCCCUCACCUAAAACCCCGGUCCUCCUCACCCCUUUUACCCAGGGAGCAACUUGCUACUUAUGCAUCCAAGACGCCAUGUUGACUACCAGGAAAUACCUCAGAUCAGACCUGCCAAUUCCGUUUUCAGUUCCUCUCACACACUCUGCAAGUGAAUGGUAACAUUCCCAUCUCAAGUCAGUUUACUUCUACUUUACCACUGAUGUCUUCAAGGUUUAUAUAUUUUAGGGGGCGGAGGAUCAAACUGUACUUCACAAAAAGACGUGUAGUGUGGAAACGAUGAAGCAUUUCAAGAACCGAUGAUGUAAACAUUGAAAUCUUUUUCUUUCAUGUGUGCGGGUUCAUCUGUGUGCUGCUGUAUAUAAUCACUUUAUCUAGAAAACUUGAGAAGAAUCCAAGUUGAACGGUGAAUUUCUCCUUAAAUGGGAGGGAGGAGGGUGUGUGUGUGAAGGGGGGAGGGGGGGGUUCUUAAGUGAAAGGGGAGUUAAAUGUUGUUCACUGGCGACAAUUUGACCUCCCGCUUCUACUUUUUACAAAUGUACAGUAGAUUGUCGUUCUGUUUAACGCCCCACCUCUUCUUCUUCUCUCAAUUGGACCUACUCUUCCCUUCUUCUACUUGGACCUAACCCCUCCCCCCCUUCCCCUCCCGGUCCAGGUUUCAGAGGAAGAGGAGGACCGCUCUGACUUACUGUGUUUGUCUGUUAAACUCUGAGAUGGCCAUUACUAUUGUUAUUAUUAUUGCUAUUAUUAUUAUGAUUAUAAUGAUGAACGUUCAUGUUGCUGCUGCUAAACAAAAAACCGGACCUUCUGCCAUAGACCUAAAACCUCAACAAAGCCGGGCGUUAGCUAGCCGCUGUGCCCCGGGAAAACCCGAUCGAAAA